AUGCCACUGACAAAAGAGGGCUUGGAAAAGGCUAAGAAGAGGCGUAAUGAGAGACUCUCUGGGUGGAUAAGAGAUGUGAGACAAGAGAACGAGUUUGGUAUACCACGCCUGCAAAACCAAUUUAGACACAUUUUCCAAAAAAUCGAAUGGGUGCCGAAAACAAAGGACAAAAUAAAGACCAAAGAGGACAUUGGCAAUGGUAAAUCGAUUGAAGAGCAAAGUAUUAUGGUAGAUAUGAAGAGCACGGGCCCUGGCACGGUCAGCAGGGAGCUGUUCACGUGCCCGCUGGAGGAUUACCCUAUCCACGACUCCAACAGCAGUAACCUCAGCUCGAGUAUCGGACACAGCCGCGAGGAGAUCAGAGUAUCGGAAAGGAAGACUCCGUUUAAUAAAACACCUCUUCUAAUUGCGGACGAUAACUUGACCGAGAACUUCAAAUCGCGCCAAAACAGCACGAUGCCGGGUCAUCUUAAGGGCGCCCAGGGUCGAUGGCCGUCCAUCCUGCAAGAAAUGCCAUCCUUUCAAAAGCGCUGCGAGUCUAUACGCUUUAAACGGGUUGUUGCGCUGGCGCUGAAACGAGAAAAGCGAGAGAAGCGGAAGCGGAGUCAGGGGACGGCGCAGGUGGCCAACAUCACGGAGGAGUGGGAGGAGGAGGAGCAGACGGAGGAAGUGGCACCUCUACAAAGCGAUGCUCCGGUGAACCAACCGGCCCCGGACGGCCCGGAUGCACGGGAACAGAGACGGCUGUCUAUCGACAGCCAGAGUCAAAAGCUGUCCAUCUAUAAGAAACAACCCGCGAACAAAGGCGGGGGGCUCUUUAAAAUUCAAACGAAAGCCGGGCCUCUGGAAGUAAAGUUUGAGAGGCAGCGAAAGAAAACAAAUAAAGUCACAUCCAAGGUCGACCUAUCCGACGUUAAAAUGACGUCCGAGGAGCGGAGACAGGCGGUUUUAGAAAACUUCCGGCGGUUGGUUCGAAUCUUGAUCCACAUCCGCGUUCUCCUAAACGUGUCAAGGCUCCGUAUACAGGAGGAGGAAAAAUCCAAGGAGUUUAAGCGGUUUGAGGACGGUGUCGAGCUAUCGUUUGAUCCUAGCGACUUCAAGUCGGCCCUGAGUUACGGGGGGCUGAGCAGCAGGGCGCGGCACGCCCUCAGGAAGGACGGCCCCGACAGAACUGACGCGGACGCCAGGGUACUCAUGGACGUGAUGAUGCGACUCCCGAUGUUCGCCAAGUACCCGAAGUCUGUCCGUCAUGACCUGACGCGGACCAUGUGGUACGACGACUUUCAAGACGGACGCGUCAUCCUCCGUCAGGGGGACCCCGGAUCCCGGAUGUACUUCAUUGUUUCCGGGGAAUUGGAUCUCAUGCGCAGGGACGUUCUAGACACAGGAGAGGAAAUGAAAUACCACAUCAAAACACUUCGUGCGGGUGCGACGUUUGGGGAGUUGGCCCUGAUUCGCAACAUGAGGAGAGAAUACACGGCGGUAUGCAAAGGAAAAUCCGAGUUCCUGAGUCUGAGCGAAGCCGAGUUUAACCAGGCCCUGCGGUCCCACUGGGAGCGUGACUGUAACUUGCGCUUCGACUUCAUGCGGGGCUGCGAGCACUUUAAGGCGUGGACGGACCGGCAGCUCCAGAUAUGUGCAGAUUCCUCGGAUCUCAAAGAUUACAAGAACAAUACGGUGAUACUGGGAGAUAUAGACGGUCCCACUGACAGUGUGUACUUUGUUGUGAAGGGGCAAUGCGAGAUAGUCCGGCGGAUCAAGGUGGUUCGCCACCAGUCUCCUUACAUCCGCCCCAACAUCCUGCUUCCCAGCACAGCCUCCGGCCGUGAGGGGUUCCUCAAUAAGGCGUACGCCAGGAGCCGCCGUUUUGAAAGGGACGAGGUCCGGUUUCUCACUGUGACUACGCUUAUGGCCGGAAACUACUUUGGUGUAGGUGAGAAUCUGCGUGACACCUUUGUUUUGGCACGUGGAAAGACUCAAUGCGCCCUCAUCAACGUGGCUCAGUUUAGUAUCAUGGGGAAGUCAGAACAGCUGAGGCGCUUGAAAAGUAAGCGAGAAAACUCCAUCCCGAGCAACAAGACGCUUUAUGAAAAGUUCCAGGGCAACAGGAAAUGGUAUGAGUACAGAAACAAAUUGUUGCAAGAGGUUGUGGCCAGGAAGCGCAGAACAAAUACCGCCUCUUUCGACGAUGUCCCCAGAAGCGAAAUGACGAGACCCAGCAUACCGAAGGAUCUCAUUUAUUACAAACAUAAUUCGGCAAUUUAG